UAAAUGUAAAUUUGCAUGAGAUCGAGACGGAACAGGAGGGAGACUAAGCACUAAUAUAUCCCGUCGCGCUCCGCGCACUUGUUCAAAAAAUGGCGGMUAACUCKUGUCCAGUUCUGUUUCUGCAGGAAAAUGGAGAACCAAUGAAAUUUUACCUGCAUGAAAAUACAAACAAAAGUAUUCGUAGUCUAAUAGAGAAAGGAGGCGGGUGUAUUUGUAACAAGCUAGGUGCUAAUUCACGUGAAGUUAUCAAGCUUGCAAGUCCUUCUCAAGGUGAUACUGAUCCGAGUACCAAGGAUUUUGUCUCUACAGAUUUCAUCAUGGACAGUGUUAAACAAGAAGUUGCACAAAAUAUUGGCAAUUAUAAAUUGAACCGUAGAAAUGAUCCUCACUUUGCACAUAUUGUACCUUACAAUCAAAAAUCCUCUCAAUCAGACUCUUCUGUCUACGCCAAAAGCAAUAAAAGAAAAAAGUACUCAUAUGAUGAUGAUAUCAAAAUUAUCAAAUAUGUGAAACACAAYUCAUCAGCGAGUAUGCCAGCUGGUGGAAAUGUACUUUGGAAAAAUAUGGCAAAUCAGAAAGUUACUAAUCAUACGUGGCAAUCAAUGAAAAAGCAUUUUAAAGUGUUUCUCMGAGAUAAGAUGGAUCAAACAUUGGAGAACUUGCAGGCAACUUUAACGUUAAACAGACUUGGAAAACCACAAGGACGUUCAACGCCAUCCAAAACCAAAAAAUCGCCAGUACGAGUUCCUUCCACUCGGCAGAAAGGCAAGAUUGCAUUCGUGAAUGAUGAUGAUGGUGCUGAAAAUGGUAGUAGUGGUGGUGAAAGUGAUAAAGGUGGACGUUCAACGCCAUCAAAAAACAAGAAAUCGCCAGCACGAGUCCCUUUCACUCGGCAGAAAGGCAAGAUUGCAUCUGUGAAUGAUGGUGAAAGUGAUAAAGGUGGUAGUAGUGGUGGUGAAAGUGAUAAAGGUGGUAAGUGUUUGUAGAGUUCUAGUCUAGUGUUCAGGGGGUUAUUGUUGGUUGAGAAUACUAAUCGUUGGUUUAAUUAUACAUCAGAUACAAGAUAAAGUAAUAGAUUGACAUGUAUUUGCACAACCAAACRUUACGAUAGUGCUUAAAAUUAAACAUUCCACAAGACGCAUUCUAGGGCAUUUGAGACCCAAACUCAAAAAAAGCUUUUUUUUUUGCAUUGCUUAUUAUAUAUAUGAAACGUUUUGGGGCGACUGGAACGAUACGGGAGAUUAUAUUGUGUUUGGUACUAGUUGAAUGGGAACAGCUAGGAAACAGAUGGAUUAUACCGCUAUUGCUUGUUUUCAACCAUUGUCAUGGGAUUCAAAAGAUAAAAGACCGGCGGCCAUGUUGGAGAAAUGAGCAAUAUAGACACUAAUGAGAAAUUCUUUGUUAAAGUUCUUUCAAGAUGGCCGCUGUGACGUAACUUGAAAACGAAGAAUUUUAUAUUUCCAAAAAUAGGUCUCCAUGUGUCUUGUUAUAGAAGGAAGUAUUCUUGACACCAGUGAAAAACGCACUGCGCAUGCCCACAGCUUU